AUGGCUACUACCAAGAUCAACUAUACUUCAUCCGAUAUUUGUGUGAUAUGCCUGGAGCAUCUGCUGUGUGUAUCACCCGAAAAUAAUGACACGGAAACAAUGACGAAUGAGCCAAUGGCCGAUUUUGGCGCGGCGGCUCCUUGUGGGCAUCCAGCUCAUGCAUCCUGUUUCGAACAAUGGUCCUCUUACCAAAAGAAGGGAGCUGGAAAUGGUAAUAAGGGGGGUGUCCCCUGUCCGACAUGUCAGAAAGAGACAACUUCCUUUGUCAAAAUCUAUCUCCGUGCGUCGCAACAAGAGGAAAACGACCGAAAUGAAGAGGAGGACAGCCACAGUGAUGAGGAAAGUAAACUGAAGGAGGAGGAGGAAGGAACUGAUGACUCUAGUUUCGUGUCUGCAAAAGCUGUUAAAACCAACAGCAACAAGAGCAGCAAAGCAUCCAAAAAGAAAGUCAAACCAAAGCAACAACAAGCACACAAAAAGGUCCAAUGGUACAAGAAACGAUGGAUGGGGAAAUGCGAAGAAGUCAAGAAUCUCAAACUGGAGGCUCAGAAUCGCAAAAAUUGCCAUCAUAAGGAUUUGUUGGACUUGGAACGCUCUCGGUUGAUCAACUAUGGACUGGCCAAGGAGCUGGAACGCACCGAAAAGGCAGGACGGAUCCAUCGCAAUAUGUGGGCGGUCGCUUGUUUCACGGUGGGGUGCGUCGUUGGUCACAAAUUCCUGGCAAUGUGAAUUGAAUCAGUUUGGUGGCAAGGGCUUUGGGGAAGAAUAGCCAAACACAAGCAAUCCGCAGCAAGAGAUGCCUUGCUUUACUCCUCGCUGAUCUUAUAUCUAUCGGCAAUGGAACUCUCGAGUGCAGGCUCACGAUUGCAGCCAGCCAGCAUGAGUUCCCGUGAUCAUUGUUUGUAGUGAUCUUACCAAGACUUUUGUUCCCCUGAUACCGCUGGAUGGAGACGAUGCAAUGUAGCGUAUAAAGACAACAAUUAAAUGUAUUAUAGACCGAUCAAGUUACAGC